AUGAAGAGGAGGCAGCUGAGAGAGUGGGAGGCCCGGAGAAGAGACAUCCUCUUUGAUUAUGAGCAGUAUGAAUAUCAUGGGACAUCACCCAGCCUUCGGUGCUUUCUUUCUAGAAUGAAGUAUGUGACUGACGUUGGCAUUCUGCAGCGCCAUGUGUCCCGGCACAACCACCGAAAUGAGGAUGAGGAGAACACCCUCUCUGUGGACUGCACACGGAUCUCCUUUGAGUAUGACCUCCGCCUGGUGCUGUACCAGCACUGGUCCCUCCAUGACAGCCUGUGUAACACCAGCUACACCGCGGCCAGGUUCAAGCUCUGGUCCGUGCAAGGGCAGAAGCGGCUCCAGGAGUUCCUCGCAGACAUGGGCCUUCCCCUGAAACAGGUGAAGCAGAAGUUUCAGUCCAUGGACAUUGCCUUGAAGGAGAAUUUGCAGGAAAUGAUUGAAGAGUCUGCAAAUAAAUUUGGGAUGAAGGACAUGCGUGUGCAGACUUUCAGCAUUCAUUUUGGGUUCAAGCAUAAGUUCCUGGCCAGUGAUGUGGUCUUCGCCACCAUGUCUCUGAUGGAGAACCCCGAGAAGGACAGCUCAGGGACGGAUCACUUCAUCCAGGCUCUGGAUAGUCUCUCCAGGAGUAACCUGGACAAGCUGUACCAUGGCCUGGAACUCGCCAAGAAGCAGCUGCAAGCCACCCAGCAGACCAUCGCCAGCUGCCUCUGCACCAACCUCGUCAUCUCCCAGGGGCCUUUCCUUUACUGCUCUCUCAUGGAGGGCACUCCAGAUGUCAUAUUGUUCUCCAAGCCAGCAUCCCUGAGCCUGCUCAGCAGGAACCUGCUCAAGUCCUUUGUGUGUUCGACAAAGAACCGGCGCUGCAAGCUGCUGCCCCUGGUGAUGGCUGCCCCCCUGAGCAUGGAGCAGGGCACAGUGACUGUGGUGGGCAUUCCCCCCGAGACUGACAGCUCAGAUAGAAAGAACUUUUUUGGGCGGGCAUUUGAAAAGGCGGCAGAAAGCACCAACUCCCGGACGCUGCACAACCACUUUGACCUCUCAGUAAUUGAGCUGAAAGCCGAGGAUCGGAGCAAGUUUCUGGAUGCCCUCGUUUCCCUCCUGUCCUGAGGAAUUUGAUUUCUUCAGAAAUGACCUCCUUCUCCUUAUUUAUAUUAACUGGCUUUUAUUUAGAUUGUAAGUUAUAGACAUAGUUUGAGAUGCAGGGACAGUGGUUUUUAAUAGAAUAAAUGUUUGUAUUUUA